AAAAAUCCGGCGCCAAGGAACAUGGGCAUGCAACUGGCCACCAUUAUCGCCACUUGGGUUAUUCGAACCGACAAAUCCCUUUUCUUCUCUCUUUCCUCGCAGCAUUCAUCAUUUCCCCGCCAUCCACGCCCCUUUUGCGCCAUAUUUCUUCUUCAUUUCUUCUCCUUUUCUCUCUCGUUUUGCCUCUUUCCAGAUCUAAUCUCUUCCCUCUUUCCACAAUUCACAUUCCACCAGAUCUCUGUUCCAUCAGGCCCCAUUGCUUUCCCUUCGAAUUAAGAAUCCUCACUAAUUGGGUGAGGGUUUCAAAAGCUUGACUAAGAACAGGGGGAUGACCUUGGGUGGAGCAAGAACUUGCUGAUGCAAAGAGGGUGUGGUGGGUUGGGGGCUUUCCUAUUUAGAAUAGCCCAUUGAUGCAAGAUUUCCUUUUUCGGGACAAGAACAUAAAUAUUCUGAUCUCAUUUGUUGGGAAGAAAGUUCCGUUGCCAUUUCAUUUUUUUGGUGGAAAGAAGAUACUAAAUAAUCUUUCCUCUUCUUUGAGAUCUACUUUUCUUCCUCUACCAUUUUCCUCUAUCUUAUUCUUUGAAGGCGUGGUUAGCUAACCAUAACCAAUUUGAAGAGAUGCAGAAGCCUCAAGAUCAACGGUUAAGGUCUACCAAACCCACUACUAUUCAUGGCUAUGCUCAAUCUGGGGAUGUUCUUAGCCUUCAGAAACUGCUUCGAGAAAACCCGGGUCUUCUUAAUGAAAGAAAUCCUUUUAUGGGACAGACACCACUUCAUGUUUCUGCUGGCUAUAAUAGGGCUGAGAUUGUUACAUUUCUUCUUGCCUGGAAAGGCCCAGAAAACGUUGAGUUGGAAGCCAAAAACAUGUAUGGAGAGACCCCAUUGCAUAUGGCGGCAAAGAAUGGGUGCAAUGAUGCAGCACGGGUGCUACUAGCUCAUGGCGCUUUUGUUGAAGCCAAAGCAAAUAAUGGUAUGACGCCAUUGCACCUUGCUGUCUGGUAUUCACUUCAAUCUGAAGACUGUGAGACUGUCAAAACUUUACUUGAAUAUAAUGCCGAUUGUAGUGCGACGGAUGAGGAGGGUAUGACUCCACUAAACCAUCUGUCACAAAGCUCAUGUAGUAAAAAGUUGAGGGAAUUGUUGAACCAGCAUUUAGAAGAGCAGAGAAAGCGAAAAGCAAUUGAAGCAUGCAGUGAAACUAAAGCAAAGAUGAAAGAACUUGAAAACGAGCUAUCACAUAUUGUGGGUUUGCACGAGCUCAAGAUACAGCUUCAGAAGUGGGCUAAGGGAAUGCUUUUAGAUGAGAGACGCAGGGCCCUUGGCCUCAAAGUUGGCACCAGGAGGUCCCCUCAUAUGGCAUUUCUUGGAAAUCCUGGAACAGGUAAGACUAUGGUAGCUCGAAUACUCGGAAAAUUGCUUCACAUGGUCGGUAUCCUCCCCACGGAUAAGGUAACAGAAGUACAGAGAACAGAUUUGGUUGGCGAAUUUGUUGGUCAUACUGGCCCAAAAACCAGGAGGAAGAUCAAAGAAGCAGAGGGUGGAAUUCUUUUUGUCGAUGAAGCCUAUCGACUAAUACCAAUGCAGAAAGCUGACGAUAAGGAUUAUGGUUUGGAAGCACUGGAAGAGAUCAUGUCUGUCAUGGACAGUGGGAAAAUUGUAGUAAUAUUUGCUGGGUACUGCGAACCAAUGAAGCGCGUAAUAGAUUCAAAUGAAGGAUUUCAUCGACGGGUAACCAAAUUUUUUUACUUCAACGACUUCAGUUCAAAAGAAUUAGCAAACAUUCUCCAUAUCAAGAUGGAUAAUCAAACAGAGGAUAGCUUGCUAUAUGGCUUUAAGUUGCAUCGUACUUGCACCAUAGAAGCCAUUUCAGAUCUGAUUGAGAGAGAAACAGAAGAAAAGCGGCGGAAGGAGAUGAACGGUGGUCUAGUCGAUCCAAUGCUAGUAAAUGCGAGAGAGAAUUUGGAUGGUAGGCUGAGUUUUGACUGUAUAGACACAGAAGAACUACGUACUAUUACAAUGGAAGAUUUAGAAGCAGGCCUCCGUUUGCUAACACAGUAAAAUGAAAAAUAUUCAAAUUCAAAUGCUUCUAAUGCAUUUCUUUGUGUGGUGAUGAGGCUGAUUUGGAGCUGUAGGCAGCAUAUCUGUUAUUGUUACUGCAGCAAACUGAGAUGAUAUGCUUGGAGAUUUUAGGUGAUUCUUUUUUUUGUAUUCUCUUUUUAAUUCGAUGGUUUUGUGAUGUUUUGUAUGUACUGUUUCAUUUGUGUCCCAUUCUUCCGAUUUUUUAACGUUGGAAAUGUAGCUGUUAAAGAAUAAAAUUUUGGAUACGAGAGAUUAUUGUUGCCAUUGUUCUUGAUGGUGUUUCUGUGUAGUGCAAACACCCUCCUUCAGUGCCAUAUUUUGCUCUGAGGAGUCUAAAGGUGGUGUUUUGAAUAAAUAUAAAUGAAAAGCUUUUGUAUGAGAAGAA